UUCAUAACCUCACUUAUGAGACUACUUUUUCUGCUGUUCUGUGAUUAUAUUUGCUUGCAAACUGUGAUUUUUCUGCAAAACUUGGAUUAUAUUGUUUUAGGAUGUCAGAAGAUGAAGAAACAAACAAUUAUUCCAGUUCAAAUGAAGAAACUGAUGACAAUUCGGACAAGGAAUUAAACGACGAAGACAUAGAAAGGCAAAAAAUACGGGAUAAUCUUUCCACUCUCAGCUUCGAGGAAUUAAUCAAAUUAAAAGAAAAACUUGGCGCUAAGGUAUAUAAUGAAACAGUUUAUGGGAGCAAACCAAAUAAAGAUAAAUCACAGAAGGAAUUUAAGAGAUCAAAUAAGAAUAGGCCAAGAGAAAUUAGUUCAAAAAUAAGGCCUAAGCGAGUAGGCAAAUUAAUUGGAAAUAACAGUAGUUCAGUAACACCAAAAUCAAAGAAAUUUGUACCGAGGGAUCCAAGAUUUGAUACGUUGUGUGGCGAGUUCGAUAAUAAAUCAUUUAAACAAAACUACAAGUUUAUCAAUGAUAUUAGGCAAAAGGAGAAGGAUCAGUUGGAUAAAGAAUAUCGAGAGUGUACGGAUCCUGAAAGGAAACAAACUAUAAAACUCUUAAAACAGAGAAUUGAAAAUCAACUAAGGGAAAAUGAAAAGAUCAGGAAAAAGAAAGAAAAAGAAGAAAAUGAUAAAAGAGAACUUAGAGAAAAAUUAAAACAUGGAGAAAAGCCAGUUUAUAAAAAGAAAUCUGUGAAGCGAUUAGAAAGUUUAGUGGAAAAGUAUGAAGAACUGAAGAAAAAUAACAAGUUACAGAAACAUAUAGAAAAAAGAACCAAAAAGAUGAAACUAAAAGACAAAAAAAUAAUGAAAAAAACUGUCGCAAUUUAAAUAAAACCACAUGAAAAA